CAGCCCCGGCAGUGCAAGGCGCGCAGCAAGCUGGUCGGUCGCGCUCAGCGAAGGGGGCGCCGCCGCCGAUCCCAGCGCCAGCUCCUCCUCCUCCUCCCGGGGGCGCCCUUUCCUCGUGGGGGGCCUUGGCGAGCAGCGCGGGAACCCCGGACUGAGGCGCGCCCGGGGUUUCUGCCCGCAGCCUUGGGAUUGCUGCUUCGGAGGUGGCCGCCUCGCACUCGCGUGUGACUUGGCAGCCUCGCUCCGGCCGCCGCCAUGGGGAGCCACAGCUCCAAAGCCGCCAAGGGGGAGGUGAUGGCCCAGGAUGCCGUCGCGGCGGACGCCUCGCCCUCCAAGUCCAACGGCCAGGAGAACGGCCACGUGAAGAUCAAUGGGGACGUGUCUCCCAAAGCUGAUGGAGAAGCUACCCCGCUCAACGGCAACGGAUCUGCUGAGCCGGUCAAGGAGGAAGUCAAGGAAGAGGCAGGCAGCGGUGACGCAAUCGAGCCAGCCCCAGUUGCCGAAGGUGGAGAAGCCAAACCUGAUGGAAGUGCUGGCACUGCGGCUUCCAAAGAGGCCCCCAAGAAGAAGAAGAAGUUCUCUUUUAAGAAGUCCUUCAAGCUGAGCGGCAUCUCCUUCCGGAAGACCAAGAAAGAGGCGGGCGACGCUUCAGCCGCCUCCUCCCCUAGCGAGGAGCAAGGGAAAGUCGAGGUCAAGGGGGAGGAGAACCCUGCUUGUGCCGCGGGGGAGAUGGAGCAGGAGAGCGCCUCCAAAGAGGAGGCGUCCCCUGUUGCCCCAGUUGAAGCUGCUGCUCCUGAGUGUCAGCAGGAAGUGGAAGCCAAGGAAGGAGAGGCAAGUGAAGGACAAGCAAAGGAGGAAAAGCAGCAGCCACUGCCGGCCACUGAGGGCCAGGAUGACACGAAGCCAGGGGAGGCCUCAAAACCAGCAGAGGCUGAGCCCAGUUCUGCGCCUGCCGAGCAGAAGGAAGAGUAGAGCCAACUAAUGAUGUCCACCUAACUUAAAAAGACUGAUUUGUGCCAUCCCUUCUCAUCCCCAGUAACCCCAUGGAACUGCUGCCUUGUACACACACACACACACACACACACACACACACACGAUGUCACAACCACAAGGCUCUCGGCUUAGAACUGACAGGCUUUCACUUCAGCCCCACUCUUCAUCCAACCCUGUCAGGGGCAAAAAACCCUCAAGAGAACCACCAGUUUGGAUACUUGGUACCCAGCUCAGCCACUGCUACCACUCAGGAGUAGGUGUUUUCAAGUCCUCUUAAAAACUGUAUGGAGGAGUAAAACUGUUCCUGGACACAACUGGAACUUCACUCAGUUUAAUGAGACUCCAGAUGUUAACACCCAAGUUCUGGGCUCUCUCUGAUCUUCUGUUUCUACUAAUCCUCAAAGCAGCUUUUUUUUUUUUUUAAGGAGUCCAAUAAACCAGCAACUGACCAUUCUUCAAAAGGGAUGUUCUCUUUGAUCUCUUCUUGGUUUACAUUCCUGGUUCUGACUUCAUUUAAAAGUAUUUUGUGCUUUUUAUAGAAACCAACAGUUUAAAAGCUAAUCUGGUUAGUUUUUUAUAAUGUCUUGCUCUUGGCUUUAAACCAUAAAGCUUGUAAGUCCACUGUUUAUUUUGACUUUCAGAGGGAGAACUUCUUUGGGGUUUAUUUAGGGGGUGGGGGACACUCGGGUGAGGGUGGGGCAGGGGGUGAGGGAGAGCGUGGGCUGGAUGCUGUGACUUCAGUUUUUGUUUCCUUGUAUUUGUAAAUAAUUUUUUAAUGGCCCAACUUCUGAUCUGCAAUUUUCUAACUCCUAAAUAAAAAAAAACUUGUAUGGGUCUUACUGUAACAUUUGAAAGGAAUAAAUUGUGACCCCCUUUAUGGAU